AUGAGUUCUUCUACGAUCAUCGUGAUCGUCUGGAUCGUCAUUGGAUUCCUGAUCAGUGGUCACCUUUUUAGCGGUCGAGUCGAAGCGAGGGAAAAUUUCCAUCAUCAUCGUUAUCCUCAUCGACGACACGAGCAUUUCUAUAUCACAUCGAAAGAAAGCGAAAAUAGAGAGAGUGAUAGCAUUGCUUUGGACGAUUUGAUCUACUCGAUUGAACGCGGCGACGGUGAUUCCACGAUACCAAAACUACAACCGGUCAUACAUCAACCAACGAUAUCGCGUAUCGCGGCCCCAACAGAUUUACCAGGAUCUCGUCGAGGUGUUAUCGAAGCCGAUGCUACCUCCGACACUGAAAUAAUCAAGAAACUACUGAACAAAGGUUAUGAUUGGAGAGUAAGGCCGCCUGGAAUCAAUUUAACGGCAAAAGGCAGCCAUGGACCAGUCGUCGUAAGCGUCAAUAUGCUCAUUAGAAGCAUAUCCAAAAUUGACGACGUGAAUAUGGAGUACAGUGUCCAGUUGACGUUUCGAGAAUCAUGGGUGGAUGGUCGGCUCGCUUACGGAUUACCUGGAGACAAUAAGCCGGACUUUCUGAUACUAACAGCUGGACAACAAAUUUGGAUGCCGGACAGUUUUUUUCAGAACGAAAAACAAGCUCAAAAACAUAUGAUCGACAAACCGAACGUAUUGAUUAGAGUGCAUAAGGAUGGUCAAAUCCUCUAUUCCGUCAGGAUAUCGCUGGUUCUGUCGUGUCCGAUGCAUCUGCAGUACUAUCCGAUGGAUGUUCAAACGUGCUUGAUCGAUUUAGCCUCGUACGCUUACACGGACAACGAUAUUGAAUAUCGCUGGAAGGAAACGGAUCCAGUACAGCUCAAAGACGGACUGAACUCCUCCUUACCAAGUUUUCAACUGAACAAAGUUUCAACGACAUAUUGUACUAGCAAAACUAAUACGGGUACUUACUCAUGUUUACGCACGGUUUUGGAGCUUAGAAGACAAUUUAGUUAUUACCUUCUUCAACUCUAUAUACCUUCUUCAAUGUUGGUCAUUGUAUCGUGGGUAUCGUUUUGGUUGGAUCGUACAGCUGUACCGGCUAGAGUAACGUUAGGCGUUACAACCUUACUUACAAUGACUACUCAGGCUUCUGGUAUAAACGCUAAACUACCACCGGUAUCCUACACAAAAGCUAUCGAUGUAUGGAUUGGUGCAUGUCUGACGUUCAUUUUUGGUGCUUUACUGGAAUUUGCCUGGGUAACGUAUAUUUCAACCAGAACACUUAAUAAAAAUAGUCGGCAAGAACCACGAACAGGAUCGUUAAUAUUGUCGAAUCAACAUGUUGUUAUACCGCAUACAACGAUAGACUUACGGGCACGGACGGACGGUGAAGUUUGGAUGAAACGGAAUCGGUUCGAUGAUGCAGCUGAGCUAUUAGUUCUUGGGCCGCGGACGACUAGUCGUAUAAGCCGUCUUCAACGGAUGCUGCGGAAAUCCUGCUUAGUCGUAUGGAUACGACAACAACUUGAGCCAGCCGAUAGCGCAAAGAAGGCAGAUCUCGUUUCUAGAGCUCUGUUUCCGUUGUGCUUCAUCGGUUUCAAUAUUUUGUACUGGACAAACUACUCACAGUAUCACGUGACGGGACCACGGUAG